AUGGCUUGCUCUGCUGAGGACAUCGCCGGUUGUGGGAAGCUUGGAGACUUAAUCGAAUUCUCAUAUCCCAUUGGUUUUUCACACUGGGGGGUAUUUGAGGGAAAUGGACAAGUGGUCCAUUUUGCAGUUGCAGAUGAAAAUGAACUGCAGAGGAGGUUUCGUGUGCACAUAUUACAGAAGGUGUUCCCCUCGUGUGGGAGCAUACUUCUGGGACAAACUAAAAUCCGGCGUGAGCACAUCACUGAUGUGCCUGUGCCCAAAGGAGCGCAGAUCAAAAUCAGCAACGACUGUCAUCACUAUAAAGCAUCGUCUGUCACAGAUGUGAGGAGGAGAUUGGAUGCGUUACUGGAUGAAGUGCUGGACUACAACCUGUUAUCUCAGAACUGUGAGCAUUUUGCCACGUUUGUGCGCUACGGAGUGGCCGUGUGCAAUCAGAUACCACUACAUAAAGACAAGGAACAAAAGGAUGCAACACAGCUGUUCCAGGACAUCAUAGCUCAGAAAUCUGUGAGCACAAAGUUUUGAAACCAAAAUGAAAGUUUACAGCACCUUGUAUAAGUAUUCACCCCC